GUGGGUCGCAACAGUACCAAAUUUGUCUGUAGCGCUAUGGCAAAUUUAAGAACAUGUCUUGCGUUUUUAUUUUUAUGUUGCAGUCUCUGCGAUGCGGUUUAUGAAGACCAGGUUGGAAAAUUCGACUGGAGACAGCAGUAUGUGGGAAAAGUCCUCUUCGCGCAUUUUGAAUCCCACUCUCAGGCUUCUAAGAAACUCAUUCUGGCCACAGACAAAAAUAUUGUGGCUUCGCUAAAUCCUAGGACUGGCGAUCUUUUUUGGCGACAGGUGGACAAGGCCGGUCCGGAAGGACAUAUUGAUACACUGCUGUUCCACGGACAGGAUGCUGUGGUAGUGACCGGGAAUGGCCGCCUCUUGCGUUCCUGGGAGUCCAGUGUCGGGGCUCUGAAUUGGGAGAUGUUGCUUGACCCUGGCAGCUUCCUGGCGGCUGUGUUGGUAGGCACACAGGACUCCGUGAAGUUUGUGGCAGUGUUGAAAAAGGCCACUGUCUCCCUGCACUACCUCUCUAAUGGCCACCAAAAGUGGACAGAGACCCUGCCAGACAGUGACACGGUGCAUUACCAGGCCGUGUACUCCAGCGGUGGGUCACAACUCUUUGUGUUAGGAGUAGUUCCUCACUCCCAUCUGUCCAUCAUCACUUUCAACAUUGAGGAUGGUGAGAUAACAAGUCAGAGGUCAGUGGAUGCUCCGUGGCUGUCCAGUAUUCAGGCUAGAUGUACAGUGGUGGGCCAGGGGGUCCUGAUCUGCGCCGAUGCCUCUACGCUAUCUCUCUAUAUGCUGCCUCUUAGUUCUGAAGAGCCAGUGGGGCUGCAGCAGGUGCCUCUGCAGUCUCUGGACCUGGAUUUGGCCCUAGGGUUCCAACCAGUCCUGCUAACAACCCAGCCAAACCCAGCUCGCCCUCCACUGGCCCAGUUCUUUCUGCAGCUGGGCCCUGACCAUCAUGUUCUACUGCAGCUCAGUGAUGGUCAUCUCAGCCCACUCAGGGAUUUCCAGCCGGCUUUCCUGGUUUCAUUUGCUACCACCGGAGAGAAGACUGUGGCGGCUGUCCUCUCCCCUAAAAAUGAAACGGUGAGUUCUAAGGAAGGUGUUAAGAGAAACAUAAAUGCCUUUGUGCAUUAUGCCGGUUGGCAGUGGCUGGUAUUUGACCAUGUCUGUAAUGAGCAGGCCUGCAGUGUUAGUCUGUACUCUGCUGACUCUGGCCGGAGGCUCCUGGACACCACAGUGACUAUUCAUCUGGAUCCCAAUGGUGGGAAACCAGAGAAGCUCUAUGUGCAUGCCUUCCUGAAGAAGGAUGACUCCGUAGGAUACCGGGUGCUGGUACAGACAGAAGAUCACACAAUCACGUUCCUGCAGCAGCCGGGUCGGAUUGUGUGGACAAGGGAAGAGGCGCUGGCUGAUGUGGUUACCAUGGAGAUGGUGGACUUGCCCCUUACUGGGACUCAAGCGGAACUGGAGGGCGAGUUUGGGAAGAAAGCCGAUGGGCUGGCUGCCAUGGUGCUGAAGCGUCUCUCCUCCCAGCUCAUCUUGCUGCAAGCCUGGAUUGCACACCUCUGGAAGCUCUUCUAUGAUGCGCGCAAGCCGCGCAGCCAGGUGAAGAAUGAGGUUACCAUCGAGACACUCGCCAGAGAUGAGUUCAACUUGCAGAAGAUGAUGGUGAUGGUGACAGCCUCUGGGAAGCUGUUUGGCAUCGACAGCAAAUCUGGAAUGGUGCUCUGGAAACACUACCUGCGCAAUGUCCAGCCCAAUGCUGUCUUCAAACUGAUGGUACAGAGGACUACUGCUCACUUCCCACACCCACCACAGUGCACUCUCCUUAUAAAAGACAAGGAGACUGGACUGGCUGCACUGCACGUGUUCAACCCCAUCUUUGGGAAGAAGAGCCAUGUGACUCCUCCUACCCUGUCACGGCCUGUGCUCCAGUCACUGCUGCUGCCCCUCAUGGACCAGGACUAUUCCAAAGUCUUGCUACUGAUUGAUGAUGAGUACAAGGUUACAGCCUUUCCCUCUACAAAGAAUGUGCUACAGCAGCUCCAGGAAAUGGCUUCCGCAAUAUACUUCUUUCUUGUUGAUGCCAGCCAGGGGAAGCUCUCCGGCUUCCGUCUCCGCAAGGACCUGUCCACAGAGCUGAUCUGGGAGGUGGUCAUCCCUCCAGAGGUGCAGAAGAUCGUGGCUGUGAAGGGGAAGCGUGCCAAUGAACAUGUGCACUCACAAGGUCGUGUGAUGGGGGACCGCAGUGUGCUGUACAAGUAUCUCAACCCUAACCUGCUUGCCGUGGUGACGGAAAGUGUAGACACACACCAGGAGCGCAGCUUUGUGGGAGUCUUCCUCAUUGAUGGCGUCACGGGCCGCAUUAUCCACGAAGCAGUGCAGCGGAAGGCCCGUGGGCCCAUCCACCUUGUCCACUCGGAAAACUGGGUGGUGUAUGAGUACUGGAAUGCCAAGUCACGGAGGAAUGAGUUUUCUGUGCUGGAGCUCUUUGAGGGCACCGAGCUCUACAACAGCACCGUGUUCAGCUCCCUGGACCGUCCGCACCUGCCUCAGGUUCUGCAGCAGUCCUACAUCUUCCCCUCAUCCAUCAGCACUAUGGAGGCCACGCUUACGGAGAAAGGCAUCACCAGCCGACACCUCCUCGUGGGCUUGCCAUCAGGGGCUAUCCUAUCAUUGCCAAAGAUGUUCCUGGAUCCUCGCAGGCCAGAGAUGGCAACAGAGCAGAGUCGGGAAGAGAAUCUUAUCCCAUAUGCACCAGAGAUGCCCAUCCGUACAGAGUGGUUCAUCAAUUACAAUCAAAGUGUGACCAGAGUACGAGGAAUCUAUACUGCCCCCUCUGGCCUGGAGUCCACAUGUCUGGUGGUUGCAUAUGGCCUGGACAUCUUCCAAACACGGGUUUACCCUUCCAAACAGUUUGAUGUUCUGAAGGACGAUUAUGACUAUGUUUUGAUCAGCAGCGUGCUAUUUGGCCUCUUCUUUGCCACCAUGAUUUCCAAACGGUUGGCUCAGGUGAAGUUGCUAAACCGGGCCUGGCGGUAAGGCUUCCUAGGCCUCAGUCAUACGGCCCUCAGUCAGCCUGCUCGUCCUCUGCCUGGACAGCCCUGUUUGCUGGAGGACAGCGGAUCCCUUGCCUCAUCCUGUUAGAUCUUCAAAUGUGUCCCUAUUACAUUUACAAACAGGGCUUAUCUGGGAUUUUGGAAGACCACCAGUAUGGUGUCAAAGCCUGCGGUACAAUACUUUUGCAGUCAUGGGGGUAAAUGAAGGAAAUUCCAUCCUGCUUUCAAAGACCUCCCCCCACCACUACAAUUACAUAUGUAAAGGCCUCUCCUUUCAUUUUCAUGUAGUUUUGUUUCUGACAAAUUCACAUACCCCACAUGCACACUUGAGAUGCUGACAAUAGCUGGAGGCGGUGAAGGGACUCAACAACAGGUAAUACUUGAGGGGUCAUAUGCUGGCCAUGUUACAUGGAGCCAGAUAUUUACCACUUUUAAAUGGGCAGAAUUGGCUGUGCUGUGAAUAAUGUGGAAGGUUUGGGAAAUGAUUACCUUUGCAUUUUUAUUAUUUGACCUUAAUUGGGUUUUUUAAAUUUAAUUUUCCUAAAAAUUUUC